UUAUGUGAUAAGCUUCUGAUGCCAAACUUCUCCCAACCAGAAUGAAAAAUGUUCUCCUUUUGAUUCAGGGGUGAGCUCACGGGACCACGGAGGAGCUCGUGAAGUCGCCGGCGCUUCUCUUCUCAGCGGAGACCUCGGGAUCCCGAUGAACAGCCUCGACUCGAAGAAUCAUCCAGAAGUGCUGAAUAUUCGAAUACAACUGGAAAGCAAAGAACUGAUCAUAAAUCUGGAGAGAAAUGAAGGUCUCAUUGCCAGCAGCUUCACGGAAACCCACUAUCUGCAAGAUGGUACUGAUGUCUCCCUCACUCGAAAUUACACGGUAAUUCCGGGUCAUUGUUACUACCACGGACACGUGCAAGGACAUUCUGAUUCCGCGGUCAGCCUCAGCACUUGUGCUGGUCUCAGGGGACUUAUUAUGUUUGAAAAUGAAACCUACGUCUUAGAACCAUUGGAAAAUGCAACCCAGAGAUACAAACUCUUCCCAGCAAAGAACCUAAACAGCACGUGGGGAUUGUGUGGAUCUCGUCAUAACACAUCAGGCCUCGCUGCGGAUAACACAUUCUCGCCACCCUCUCACAUGUGGGCAAGAAGGCAUAAAAGAGAGACCCUCAAGAUGACCAAGUACGUAGAGCUGGUUAUCGUAGCAGACAACCGAGAGUUUCAGAGGCAAGGAAAAGAUCUGGAAAAAGUUAAGCAGCGAUUAAUAGAGAUUGCUAAUCACGUUGACAAGUUUUACAGGCCACUGAACAUUCGGGUAGUGUUGGUAGGCGUGGAAGUAUGGAAUGACAUUGACAAAUGCUCUAUAAGUCAGGACCCGUUCGCCAGCCUCCAUGAAUUUCUGGACUGGAGGAAGAUGAAGCUUCUACCUCGAAAAUCCCACGACAAUGCACAGCUCAUCAGUGGGGUUUAUUUCCAAGGGACCACCAUCGGCAUGGCGCCCAUCAUGAGCAUGUGCACCGCGGAACAGUCCGGAGGAGUUGUCAUGGACCAUUCAGACAGCCCCCUUGGUGCGGCCGUGACCCUGGCACAUGAGCUGGGCCACAAUUUCGGAAUGAAUCACGACACACUGGAGAGAGGCUGCAGCUGCAAGACGGCGGCCGACAGAGGAGGCUGCAUCAUGAACCCUUCAACUGGGUACCCGUUUCCCAUGGUGUUCAGCAGCUGCAGCCGGAAGGACUUGGAGACCAGCCUGGAGAAAGGCAUGGGGAUGUGCCUCUUUAACCUGCCGGAAGUCAAGCAGUCUUUCGGGGGCCAGAAGUGUGGGAACGGAUAUGUGGAGGAAGGAGAGGAGUGUGACUGUGGGGAGCCCGAGGAAUGUACGAAUCGCUGCUGCAAUGCCACCACCUGCACCCUGAAGCCAGACGCUGUGUGCGCUCACGGGCUGUGCUGUGAAGACUGUCAGCUGAAGCCUGCGGGGACAGCGUGCAGGGGCUCCAGCAACUCCUGCGACCUCCCAGAGUUCUGCACGGGGGCCGGUCCCCACUGCCCAGCCAACGUGUACCUGCACGACGGGCACCCGUGUCAGGGGCUGGAUGGCUACUGCUACAACGGCAUCUGCCAGACCCACGAGCAGCAGUGCGUCACCCUCUGGGGACCAGGUGCUAAACCUGCCCCUGGGAUCUGCUUUGAGAGAGUCAACUCUGCAGGUGAUCCUUACGGAAACUGUGGCAAAGACUCCAAGAGUUCCUUUGCCAAGUGUGAGAUGAGGGAUGCUAAAUGUGGGAAAAUCCAGUGUCAAGGAGGUGCCAGCCGGCCUGUCAUUGGUACCAAUGCUGUUUCCAUAGAAACAAAUAUCCCACUGCAGGAAGGAGGCCGGAUUCUGUGCCGGGGGACCCACGUGUACUUGGGCGAUGACAUGCCGGACCCAGGGCUGGUGCUUGCGGGCACGAAGUGUGCAGAUGGAAAAAUCUGCCUCAAUCGUCGAUGUCAAAAUGUUAGCAUCUUUGGUGUUCACGAGUGUGCACUGCAGUGCCACGGCAGAGGGGUGUGCAACAACAGGAAGAACUGCCACUGUGAGGCCCACUGGGCACCUCCCUUCUGUGACAAGUUUGGCUUUGGAGGAAGCACAGACAGUGGCCCCAUCCGGCAAGCAGAUAACCAAGGUUUAACUAUAGGAAUUCUGGUGACCAUCCUGUGUCUUCUUGCUGCUGGAUUUGUGGUUUAUCUCAAAAGGAAGACCUUGAUACGACUGCUGUUUACAAAUAAAAAAACCACCAUUGAAAAGCUAAGGUGUGUGCACCCUUCCCGGCCAGCCAACGGCUCCCAUCCUGGGCAGCCUCACCUCACCCACCUUGGGAAAAGCCUGAUGAGGACGCCGGCAGAUUCCAACCUCCCUACGAACAACACCAGGAGAUGGCCACCAUGUCCGAAUGUUGACAUCAGCAGACCCCUCAAAGCCCUGGACCUGCCCCAGUCACCUCAGCGAGUACUUCCUCCCCUGCACCAGGCUCCACGUGUACCCACUGUCCCCGCCAGACCCCUGCCAGCCACCCCUGCACUUCGGCAGGCCCAGGGAACCCGAAAGCCCAACCCUCCUCAGAAGCCUCUGCCUGCAGGCCCUGUUAGCAGGACAACUCCAUUUGGCAGCACCCUGGGGAGGACCCUGGGGCAGCAAGAGCCUGGGCUCCGCCUGGCACCCCUCAGACCUGCUCCUAAGUAUCCACACCAAGUGCCCAGAUCUGCCCACACCGCCUAUAUUAAGUGAGAAGCCGACACCUUUUUCAACCGUGAAGACAGAAGUUUGCACUAUCUUUCAACUCCAGUAGGAGUUAUUUUUUUGUACCAACUUUAAUGUUUGAAACACCAUUACUUUAAGAACUUCGAGCUACUGCCGUCGGUGCUGUGCUAUGCUAUGGUGCUCUGUAUACUUGCUCAGGUACUUGUAAAUUAUUAAUUUAUGCAGAAUGUUUAUUACAGUGCAGUGUGCUGUAAUAGGCAUUUUUACCAUCACUGAGUUUUCCAUGGAAGGAAGGCUUGUGCUUUUAAUGUUUUAGUGAACUUGAAAUAUCCUGCUUGAUGGGAUUCUGGACAGGAUGUUUACUUUCUGAUCAAGGCUUUAUUGGAAAGCGGUUCCCCAACUACCCGGGGCUGUGGUUACGGUACCAGACACAGCUCAAGAGACCCCAGGCAGAACGGCGAGUGGUUUUCUGGAAUCCCUAUCUCAAGCCAGCGCUGAGGGGGCUUUAGGUCCAGGCUGUGCUUGGCUUUCAGGGAGGUUUUCUGGGUCCCUUCACAGCUGACAGGCAGAGCCCAACAGGCUCCACCUUGAAGUGGGGGGCCAGCAGGGAAAAAUCUGGUUUCUGGCCAGGAAGCUUUGGAGAGAAGCUGAAUUGCAAACAGGAAUUUUAAGGUGUGGCCACACCAGGUUAGAGGCUGGACCACGAGGCGAGCAGAAACUUGACCUGGAGCUGACCAGCCUUGAGCACGGUUGGAGGGCAGGCAGAGAAGAGAGCUGUAGUAUUGCUCAAGGUUUUACUUUAUAGAAACACCAAGCUCUCCUUUUUCUGGCUGCCCUUUACAGAGUGCUGGCAUCAGCACAUUAUUUGGAUUGGGAAAGGUGGUGUUUCUACAAGAAAGCUACUGCCCAGGCAGUGCAACCCUCCAUCUCCCUGUACUCUUGGAGCUAACCAAAUUACCCCAUUGUCUUCUCAGCUGUAAUGCAAUGAUCCUGCAUUCAGAUAGAUAGAUGAGGCUUUCCAUGGGACUGUAACUAUUUUCAGAUGUGAACCAGAAACCAGAUCUAGUCAAUCAAUUCUGUAAAUAAAAAUCUCCUUUUACUGCAAGGUUCAA